AUGGCCUUUAAAGAGAAGUUAGAGGAGGCUACUUGGUCAUAUAUAGGUGAUGCAAAUACUAUGUGGGAUGCCAUGGCUAGCUGCAUUAGAAAAGUGGCAAAGGAGGUACUAGGGGAAUCUAGAGGUAAAGGCCCCCCGGGGAAAGAAACCUGGUGGUGGAGUGAGGAAGUUCAAAAGGCUAUUAGGACCAAGAGGGAUUUAUAUAGAGAUUUACCAAAGCGUAAGGAUGUUGAAACUUUUAAUAAGUACAAAGAAGCGAAGAAAGAAGCUAAGCGAGCAGUUGAUAAAGGCAUUAGGGAAAGGUGGAGUUACUUUGAGAAGCUUUAUAAUGAUGAUCAUGCGAUAGAGUUUGACAAUCUUAGGUCACAAGGAGAACCUAAUGUGACGUAUACAAGAACAAUCAAAGUCUUGGAAGUUAAAACUGCAAUACGAAAAAUGAAAAAGGGAAAGGCAUGUGGGCCAGAUGAUAUUCUAAUAGAUGUUUGGAUGGCGUUAGGAGAUGUUGAAAUUGUGUGGCUCACUAAGCUUUUUAAUGAGAUACUAAAGAAGAAGCAUAUACCUGAUGCAUGGAGAAAAAGUAUUCUUGUCCUCAUCUUCAAGAAUAGAGAUGUGUUGAAUUGUAACAAUUAUAAGGGCAUAAAGUUAAUAAGCCACACUAUGAAACUUUGGGAGAUAGUUAUUAAAAGGAGAUUAAGGGCCACAACUACCAUCUAA